AUGGCCAUUGCAUUUUACAUACCCUCGCUGGACGAUGCGGAAGAAAACCAGCGGCUGCUCGAGCAGCAACAGAUUGUCCUGCAGCGACAGUAUCUGCUCCAGCAGCAGUACCACCUGCAGGCGCAGAUGAACCAGCUGCGGCAGCAGCAGCUCGCCCUCGAGCAACAAUCAGCCGCCAUAUCCACCACGGCCGGCACCUCGGGAGCUGCGGCGUCGGCCGGUCUGUCCGCAACGCCGCCAGCUUCCGGGGUCGCGGUGCCCACCGACCCAACACUCACACCCCCGUUUUCCGCACCACCAACAUCCACCACGCCUCAGCAACCACCAUCAACAUCCAUCGCACCAAACGCGGCGAGCUCGUCCUACUAUUCUGCGACAGCUACGCAGAAUAACGCACAGCACCACCGGUUCUGGAUGUUGCGAAGCAUCCUCUACAACAUCCUGUUCCGUCACCUGCUGGACAAUGAUCCAGCCUGCAGCCGGUGUAUGUUCUGCAGCAAAUUGCUACGCAUGUUGCGUAACAUUUGCUAAACAGUCACCAU